CAAGACGUUCGGGCAACGUUUUGAAAAGGAAAUCGAAGCUGAUAUGGAAGACCUGGUAGUUGUGGUGUUGACCACUGCUGAGGUGUGUUGUUGGCAUUUGUGGUUGAGCUUGCAGCUGCUGACUUGUUUUGCUUUGAGGAGUAUAUGUUGAAAGAUCGAUGCAGAUCUUUCACGAUGAUGGCGACAUGUUUCAUCGAGUUUCUAUUUUCUGUUUUUCCAGCACGACGCCUCCGCAAAAUAGUACUAGUUUCAGGCUGGAGCAUCAGUAUUCUGCUCGUCUUCGUGCCCGGCGCAAAAGCAGUAUUUCCUACUAGCUGGCUUGCACCACGACCAGCAGCUUCUACUUCCGGCCGUCCCAGUGCUAGUAGUAGCGGAACAGCCUUUUCCUCGGCCUUGUUUUCUCCGAGCACUCGGCCUCAUCAUGUUGACGGCGGCAGCACCAGGCUGCACGAGGAUCUGUGUAUUCCGGUGCUUUUCUGCACCACGGGCGCCCCGGUGCUCGUGGAGGAUGCUGCAGACCCACCAUCAAGUUCCGACAAGAAUAACAAUUGUCGAGUCCAUGCAGGUCUCGACGCGGAACAACUACAUCAGGCUGCGCGAGGCGCCGUUCCGAUCAGCAGUACCACUUUGGGCGAGCUAAAGAAGAAAAUAGAAGCGAAAACUGGCGUUCCGGCGACCCGGACGAGAUUGCUUCUGGCCGGGAAGGACGGCGUGGUGUUGCGCGAUGAUGAUGAUGGUGUCUUUCAGGAGAGUUCUUCUACUACCUCCAUGAGAACCAAUGUCGCAGACGAUUGGACGAUAGCGCGAUGGAUCCGCGAAGCGCAAGGUAGAAGUUCCAAUGCCGAGGACGACCGGGGGAGAAGGAGGUCGCAGCCAGCAGUAAUGUUGCAGGAGAACCAUCAAGAAAUUAUGGGCGGUGACGAAGAGCAGCUUUCUUUUCGUCCGCAAGACGGCGGCGUCGGAAGUAGUCGUGCGGCACGGGGACGAGGAAGUAGAGCCGCUGAAGGUCGUGGAGGAAAUAACUCGCGCGUGUACAGCCAUGCAAGCGAAGAUGACGACACGGACACAAGUUCCCCACCAGACGCUGCUGGGUGUAGGCUUUUGGACUAUAGUCAUUGUAUUCAUGACCACCCGCUGAGAAGUCGUGAAACAGCAAGGCCAGCACCAGCGGGAGCCAGUACUGUAGGCUCCUCUACUCCUUAUCCUCGUAGUGUCCACGACCCGCGUGGCUGGCCACGCCCAACUGCCGCAUUUUCUUUUCUGACGCGAAAUAGAAGUAACAGACUGCGAGCAGGUGCAAGUCGUCUUGAAGCAGGAGAGGAGAACGCAGAAGAUGAUAAUGCCCAACCCUCUUCGUGCGCCGGGUUGUUUCUGUUUGGGAGCUGCGCAACGCCGAUGGAGGGGGUUUCUUCUUCAGAAACUGCCCAGGCGGAAAUGAUUUCAGCAUCGCAAGAGCUGUUCCCUCGUAGAAGACCACCACCCACUUUUGUUCCACCACUUCCCACAACCCAAGACUGGGCGAUCCAAGUGAUUUUUCGGAAAAAUCUGGUAGACCAGCUGGCGUUCGCGCUAAUCGAAGCUGUGGAGCAGGAACGGGAGAGCGUGGGCACCAGUUUCGGGUCGAGGAACGUUCCCGCCCAGAAACUCUUCCAGCGGACGUUUUUUCCCCUGGUGUUCGACGGAAUCUUGCGCCACGCAUCUCUCGCACAGUUGCGCGCGGAUGUGGCGGAGUUGCAGAGCGCCUCGGCACGGGCUCACGAGAAGAUGAAGGAGUGGCACCGCCGGAGGAGCGCGAAACUUGGGGGGUGCUGCUGUUCGAGCGACAGCGCGCUGAGUGCGGUGGCGUUUCGGAAGCUGCUGCAGCGGUUUCGGCUCACCACCCGGGGGUACGGCAUAUUCGCGACUGAUCUCGCAACUAGCAGAGAACGGUCAAAACACAUCCCGAACACGUCAUUACACCACCUGUUUGACUCGUGCUGGGAUCAUAUGCAGGGAAAUGUGUAGAACUUGCUCCUUCUGGUAUGUGUUUUAACGCCCUGCAGCUGCUCGUCCAUACAGAGAUACCUCCAGUGGUCUGCGGCUUUUCUACGACUGAGGUGUUUUUACGUAUCAAGAAUGUUGUGAUGCAUUCACUUCAGGUUUAUAUUUAUUACGCGGAGGGUAUGUCCAUAUCCUUGGCGGUGCACCACGUUUACUAUUGAAAAUUCAUGUAUUUUCAUAAUUUUUCGGGGCGGGUGGUGGUGGAGGUGGAGCAUGCUUGUCUCGAUUGCAUAAGCCACAACGCGAACCAGGGCACAAAAUUCUGGUGGAACACCUCGGAAAAUGCUAUGGACUACGAGAGCGACGAAGAUCAAGAGGAGGAGCAGGUGAGAAAAGUACCGAAGGAAGAACCUACAGAUACAACCCAUCAAUGCGACACCGGGGGCCCGAGAGCGACUGCAUCUUCUGCAGGAGGGCCGCAAGCUGGGCUGCAGCUCUCAUCCUCUGCUCGAGCAGGGGCCGCAGAAGCUAGUGACGCGAUGGACAAUGCUGCACGGGUGCAAAUGCAACAGAAAAAUCCUCGGACUACAGGUUCUGGGAGCGCAACGACGGAAGUAGAAAAUGGAGUGCACGCUGCAGAAGUAGAUGUAGAUGUUGACGUCGAGGAUGAUUCGGAUUCGGAAGAAGCCGCUCUACAGCAGCUAUGGUCGGAGGCACAGGCACUGAAGCGGAAGUCUUACAUGAUCAUCGACCCGGUUGUGGUGCUGGGCAGCGAGGCGUUUUUCCACCACUUUUAGGCACUGGAAAAGUUGACAGUUGCGGUUAGCGUUUGCCGUUUAUUGGCGUACACAAGUGUAGUUUACUACGUCCGAUUGUCCUCGCAUGCGUUUUGCAGCUGUACCACGACAACGAUUUUUUAUAUCGUCCUCAGUCUUGUAAGUACUGAACUACGGGAGGAGAUGCAGGCCGUGCUGCAUGAACGCAACGUCAUUUUUUCACUGCAUCUCCCUCUCUCCGAAAUUCUGCCGACCGCGAUGCAAACUGUUGAACAAGACGACUCCGUUCUUUCCGAUGGAGAUACAGGAGCGGAAAGCGAAACUCACUCCCGAGAGGAUCGUCCCGGUCCCCCGCCGCGUUCCAGUACUUCGACAGGAGAGUCCGUGGGGGACGCAAGGAACCAUGGCAAUGCACUUCGUCAAGGCCAAAGGACGGUGAACACAUCUCCUUUCACGGUUGCGUGGGAGACGGACCGUUCUCUGCACCUAACGCCAACGCGUGUGACGAUUCCGUUGAAGGACUUCAUGCGGUACGGCCGCGCGGCCGCGUGCUCCUUUAUGGUCAGGCAAGAAACUACUAGUACAACUCCUUACUGCUCCGUCGUAAGUAACAGCGUAAUUGCUGACGCCGAUUUUCCUGUUGCUUUCACGCACUGCUUUUGUGCGUCCGUUUGUGCAUUCAUGGUUGCUGGUGUGUUUUUUUUUGCCGUCCGACUUCCUUUAUGGCUGCGAAUUUUUGCAGUUGUAGUUGUAGAUGAGUAGCGUGAAGAUCGGCGCUGGAACAACAAGAAACAGCAAUGUAAGUAGUUCGUGAUGUGUUGUACUAGUUUCGGGUACGGAGCACUGUAUAGCCACCACAACAUCUGGUCUCGAGACCGCUAUGUGCAGCUACGAUUUUUUCCAGUACCACACCCAAAGCCGUUUUCUAGUCAGCCGCCGGGGGCCAAGCGAGCAAGGGCAGCAUGAAGCUACGGGUGCGUCAACCAGGGCUGGCGCUGGUAUUUUCACUGCGCAGGGAGGUGAAGCAGAACCAGAAGCCCUCAGAGAUGCGGAGGAGCAGCAGCAGCAGGCACAGCAGAUCCCGUUUUUGCGACAGCAUUUUAAUCCUGAUCCGAAUGUGUUAGAGAAGUACUCCGUCAACAUUCAGGUGAACAGCUGUUUUUUUGACCUCUUUCUGAUGGGCUCCGGGAAAGAGCCAGAUGAGUACUUUAAGGUAGUGCUGCGAGGCUACUUGUGCACGGCAAACAGAAGCUGAAGCUCAGUGUCGUCUUCAUCUUCAGUGCUGCAAGUCAUGGCCAAAAUGGAAAUGCAAAGUGAUGUAAUAUGAUGCUUUCGACACAAGCGGAUUCGUCCUCACCGUCGCGCCAUGCAUGGUUAUGUAGGAGUAGGACCUCUUGCGCGCAUUCGAGUUCGACGUUCAUGUUGUGCAACAUCGUAGUUUUGAGAGAGCUUCUGUGUCAUUUUUUGCACGGCAUAUUGCGUACCCGUUGACCAGAGCAAGGUGGAGUAUGAAUGCCUGUGACGACGACAUGGGACUGGGAGUAUGGUUUUGCGUUUGUUUCUUCCUUGUUUCGUCUUCUGUGUGUAGUCGCUUUCGACCAAUAAUUUUGAGGCGGUGUUCUUGUUGCACCAGUAAGGAAUAGAAGUGUCUGCACGACCACUAGUGCGACUGCUCGACGAAGGAUUGGGUUUAUGUACGAUCAUAGUGAUUCGAUUUCGAGCUCCAGCUGCAGAUUCAGUACCAGCACGUAGAAAUAUACGUUUUACACUUAGUAUGCUGUAUGCGCCGCAGCUCGUGCUCCCGUGGCAUUCUCUGUCGAAUCAGUAGUGCCGCCACGGCUGUCAAGGAAUCUUGUGAUUGAGAAAGGGUUAAUCAAUUUGUUUGCAGAAAUGAAAAAUCUAAAUUGACGCUUGCUAUAGGGGUAACAAGUGGGUCUACUCGUAAAAUGGAAACCACACACG